AUGAAGCUCAAUUUAAGUCUGUUAGUGCCUUUGGUCUCCACCAUCUCAGCAGAGAGUUUCUGCCCUUCCAAACCAGCCGAGACCGCACAACAAACCGAUAUAUUCUACCAAUUCGUUCGCAAGUUCUACAUCAACAAGGACGUAAAGACAGCCUUCGCCGAUCAUUUCGAUCACGCCUACAUUGAGCACAACCCGAAUGCCUCCUCUGGAUGGACUGACUCGAGUCUUGAUGGUCUGGCAGGCUUCAUCGCAUCAGCCAACCUCACGAUCCUUCAUGCAGGCUUCUACAACAACACAGGAUAUGUGCACUUCCGCGAGGAGGUGUCGGGUUCACCUCCGACGGCUGUGGUGGACAUCUUGAAGUUCGACGGGACUUGCAUCGUGGAGCAUUGGGAUGUGGCUCAAGCACGACCAGAGAAUCCCAGCAAUCCCAGAGCAAUGUGGUAG